AUGACGACUGAAAUCACUACAACGACUGAAAGCGCUACAACGACUGAAACCACUACAACCACUACAACAACUACAACCACUACAACGACUGAAACCACUACGACGACUACAACAACUGAAACUACUACAACCACUACGACGACUGAAACCACUACGACGACUACAACAACUGAAACUACUACGUCCUCAACAGCCACCACAACGACAACGACAAUGACAACGACUGCAACCACCACUAAAUUGCCCGGAUGUCUACCUCCCACCAUCAGACUGGUGCCAAAUGCAUCUUCAACAGCACCAGUGCGCUUUUUUCGAAGUGAUGACUUCUACAUCUUGUCCAAUAUGCUACUAAGAUGUGAUAUGUCUGCCGCAAUCACCACAAAAUGGGCACUUCACUCUUGUAAUACCACAUGCUCUUCGCCAAUUCAAAUCGAUGAACUGAUUCAUGUCAACUUCAAUGACUUAUUUAUUCCUGCACGAACUCUUCCGUACGGAGUCUAUCAAUUGACGUUAACAGUGAUAAUGGAGGCUGCAACUAAUAUAACCUCAACAGCAUCUACUUAUGUCAUGGUUAUUCCUUCUGGCAUCCAAGCUAAUCUUAUUCAAAUGGGUACCUCAUUGGUCACACGACGCUAUCAAAAAAACUUCGCACUCGAUCCGGGAACGUUUUCAACGAAUCCAGAUGAAGUUCGUUGGGACGCAAGCGAUUGGAAUUAUGCGUACUACUGCACAACUGCAAGUCUUUUCAGCUCUUCACAGCUCAUGACAUCUCUUUUACCGAUUGAUGAUCCAAACUAUAUGAUUCAGAAUACAUCGUGUUUCAAAAAUAAUUCAGAAUGGGAAUACAGUUCGAAUGUGUAUUGGAAAUCGACUUUAACCAUUUUUGCUCAAGCCCUGAAACCUAAUAAAACCUAUCAAUUCAUCGUAAAUAUGACCACCAAGUCCUAUCCUAUUCAACAAGGUGUAGGUUAUCUUUUGGUGCAUAUUGAGGAUAAUGAGAGUCCUCUAAUUACUAUUGCAUGCAUUAUUUCAAAAAUGUGUGCUGUGAAAUUCGGCGAAUUUCGUAAUCUUAAUCCAACAACACAAUUGGCCUUAUAUUCUACUUGUGGUGAAGAUUGUUCAACAAUUCAACAAAUAAAAUGGCUCGUAUAUCAAGGCUUUAUCAACGCAUCGCUGAAUACUGUUGAGUGGAUUUUAUUCGAUUCAAACAGUACAAAUCACGACAAUAUGUUUUUUGGUAUAUCUACGGCAAAUCUCACAGUUUCCAAGGAUAUCUUCGAACAAAAUCCUGCAGUCCAGUUUUGGCGCUUCAAAGUUCUCUAUUCAUUUUCUUCAACGACAGCUUUUAGUGUACUCAGUUUCAAGGUCAAUCAAAAGCCUCGAAACGGUUCUUGCACAAUAGAUCCACUUAAUGGCACAGCAGAAACUCUAUUCACGGUUGUUUGCUCGCAUUGGUUCGAUGAAGACGAUAUUAAAUAUUAUUCGCUGUAUGCUUGGAACAUGGAUUCCUCCCAUCCUAUCAUGCUCGGCUAUUCUUACGAGCCAACUUUUCAAAUUCGUUUGUCUGCCGGAAAUCAUUAUGCAUCAUCACAAAACAUCUCAGUUCACAUUCGAGACAAACUCGAUGCUGUAACGCAAUACAAUUUGCCAUCUGUUAUUAUUCUAAACGACGAGACAGAAACCGAAAUGUUCAAUAGUGCUACGCAAUAUCUAAGCAAGGCAAAUAAUAGCGAAACUUUUGUUCAAUCAUUAGCCAGCGAUUAUCAAUGUACGGUCGAACAGGCGAUUGCAUUAUUCAAUCAAAUACUUCAUAAGUUGAACACAAAAAACAUAGAAUUAGCAUUGAAAGAAGGUAUUUCGAUGGAAAAUAUUUUAGUAUCGUCUCUGAUCGACCAAUUACAUACGAACUCUAACAAAUCCUCGACCUCUUCGGCUCUGUCUGAUUACUUUACACAUUUGAAUCUUCAAGCUAAUGUACGUGAUCGACUUGUAACUUACAUGCAUAAUCUUCAAAUGAUGAGUAUCGAAAAUAUUCAAUGGCAAGCAUCUUCAUUGGCUCAAUUUACUGCAGCUACAAAUCAAUUGACACGAGCAGCUUCUUUACGAGCAUCGGAUAAGUGUCACCAAUUGGCGUUUUCUCUAAAGAGACUAGCUAAUCAAAUUUUGUAUGAAGACGUGAGAGCAACAAGUACUGAAAUCAUCAAUUGUAUCAACAAUGCUUUGACUGCUAUUAAUGCGCCACUACAAAAUCGAGCAAGUGUUCUCGAUCUGGAUCUCAUUCGUUCAAAUGUUAUUUCAGUUGAUUAUGAAGAUGAUGCAGAAAUAGGAUGGGCAGAUCCAAGUUUGUUCGCUAAUGGAGAUGAGUUUUCAUCGAACUCGUUUGAGAUGAAUCGAAAUAGUUUCUUUCAAAAACGAACGGUAGAGACAAUAGCUCAGCAAGCCAACGAAGUCAUAUCUUGGAUAACCGAAGCACUCAGCAUACAUUUAACUCAAGAUCAGCAUGCAACCAUCAACACAUCGUCUGUGUUUUUCUCGUUAGAAAUAACGACAGCUGCCUCACUCUAUGGAAAGCCUAUUCGACCGAUUGGACAUGCAAUGAUUCAAUUUCCUUCAAAAUUCGAUUUUAAUAUGAAUCCAAAUACAACAAUGUCGCUUCGAACUAUAGUACAACCUCUUGCGCCGGCUGGUAGUUCUCAAUCACGAGCAUAUACCAACUUUUCAGCAUCGAUAUCACUCUCAGUACUCAAUAGAGACGGUAGCGUUAUUCCGAUUCGUAAUAAUACUGAAGAUCCAAUAGAAUUUAUUAUUCCUCGCGAUUCGAACUUUCGUGUUCCAACAAUGAAUUUACAAAAUGUGACAUCGGCAAAAAAUAGCGAAAAUCAAAACUUUUAUCUGCAUUAUGUUAACAUAACACAAGCAAACAAAAAUCUUAGUAUGUCUCUUCAUUUUGAAAUGCGCCCACUUGAUAAAGAUCUAGCUUAUCUAUUCAUCUAUCGAUUUGAUCGGCCGCCUCAACUAAACACUUUAGUUGAUCACACUGACGGGUCAGCUCUAUGGUGUACGCUUGAUUUAGCCAAAAAUGGAUACUAUUCACUUUUCAUCGACAAUCAUCGAACCGCAGAACAUCAUUCAGUUGUAUUUGGCUUGCGAGAAUUGAAUUCGACAGAAACCGAACAAUACUGUCAAUAUUAUUCCGUUAACAAUGGUUUACCACUGUCUGAUCGAGCAUUCAAUUUCACAGCAAACUAUGAAAUAAGAGUAUAUCAAUCUGGCUGUUUCUAUCUUGAUUCGAAUAAUAAUUGGCAAUCGGAUGGUUUGUCAGUUAGUAUGCAAAUCAAUGUGCAACAUAACUAG